UGCAGUGUCUGCCUUAUAUCUCACAGCUCAGCUGUGAUGCAGGUUUCUUCCAAACGAUUUAUACAUCUUUUGCAGUCAAGUCCAAACAGGAGCUGCAGCAGAUGUCCUCUUUGCUGCAGCUCCUGGAUUUCAACCUGCUCUUGACUGGACAGUCACCCAGAAGGACCUGCAGGUCUGUAGGAAGAGUUCUUGGCCUCUGUGGCUCUAAAGUGAAUCUUAGCCUCAAACCCAGAAAGAUGUCUGCCAGAGGAGCCUCGCUGCUUUUUAAAGAUACACCAAAUAUCAAAAGUCUGAGGUUGAGCACAGAAAUGGUGUUGUUGCUGUCCCGUUGGGUGAGAACAGACAGAGUCUCUCCGUCGUUGGUCAUUGAAAAGCUUUCCAUCAUUGACAGCUUGUCCUCCCUGUCAGACAGAGUGUUGCUCAGAGUUGUCAGCAGUGUUGCAUCUCUGCUGAGGGUCUGGACAGUCAGACACUUAGACCUGUCAGAGCUCUGCAUCCCAACUCAGCAUCUCACUGCGCUGCUGCUUCAUCGUGGCCCACUGAGCAUCAGAAUGAAGAAUGAGAACCUGCAGCAGUUUCCUGCCCUCCUUCAUGAAGUCCAGGACCCGGAGCUGACUCAGAGUUUCUUCAGUAAAGUAGGUGGAGACCUGACUUCCUGCUGUCUGACCUGGGAGCUUCUUUACUUUCUCUUACAGCACUCAUCAGGUCAGACCAUCACAGUCAACCUGAAAAAGGUCAGCUGUUUACAGGAAAACUUCUCCCAUCUGCUGCCCUUCCUGGACAGGAUUGUGUGUUUCAAGCCAGCCACACCAGACAGGAUGGAGGGCCCCCCACCCCUGGGAAGGGGCCCAACCGAGCCACGGGCGCCAGGCCCUGUCAAGCCAGCAGCCCAGGACGUCAAGAACCACCAAGGCACCGACAGCUGA